AGAGAGAGAGAGACAAAGGACACGAAAUGGACAGCAGCACCGCAGCUUCCGCUCAGAAAUCCUUCGAUCUGAUCGACUGUGCCGUGUUCGCGGGGAUGCUGGCGAUAUCGGCGAUCGUCGGCGUCUACCAAGCGUACAAAGCGCGGAAAAACACCGACGCGGUUCGAGAGUAUCUGGUAGGCGGCCAGAACAUGUCCAUCUUCCCGAUAAGCAUGUCUCUGAUAGCCAGUUACAUAUCGGGCAUCACUAUUCUCGGAUUACCUGCCGAGAUGUACGUUUACGGCACGCAAUUCUGGUGCAUCGUCAUCGCCGAUUUGUUCGUCUCCCUGACGAUGGCCCUCGUCUAUCUACCGGUAUUUUACGGCCUCGGUAUCACGUCUUCUUACGAGUACUUGAAGCUAAGAUUCAACGGCGCCGUUCGACUGAUGGGUUGCGCGAUAUUUCUCGUUAAAAUGAUGCUCUACAUACCGCUGGUGAUAUACGUACCCGCGCUGGCGUUCAAUCAAGUCACGGGGAUAAAUCUGCACGCGAUCGCCCUAUUGGUUUGCGCCGUGUGCAUAUUUUAUACCACUUUGGGUGGAUUGAAAGCGGUCGUGUGGACCGACGCCAUUCAAACGAUCCUGAUGUUCGGCGGAGUGAUCAUCGUCGCGAUACACGGCACCGGGAGGGCUGGAGGGUUCGAGCGAGUCUGGAAGAGAAACCGCGACACCGACCGAAUCGAAUUCUUCGACAUGGACCCGGAUCCGACGGUGCGACACACCUUCUGGACCGUGGUGAUCGGCAACUACCUCAACUGGUUGGCCAGCUGUUCGGUGAAUCAAGCGAUGGUGCAACGAUGCCUGGCGAUGCCGAACCUCAGCAAAGCGAACGCAACGAUCGCGAUAAUGGCGAUCGGUACAAUGAGCAUCGUCUCGUUGAGCUGUUACACCGGUCUCGUCAUCUUCGCCACCUUUUACGACUGCGAUCCCAUCACGACCAAGCGAAUACGAAAGCCGGACCAGUUGCUGCCGUACUUCGUGAUGGAGAUGGCCGAGUCGAUCCCGGGGCUACCGGGACUCUUCGUCGCCGGAGUGUUCAGCGCCGCGCUCAGCACCAUGUCCACCGGCCUAAACUCGAUGGCCGGCGUGAUUUACGAGGACAUGAUAAAGCCUUGGUUGCGCGUUCCCCUCUCGGACGUGGCUGCCAGCCGAACGGUGAAGGCGACGGUGGUGUUGACGGGAAUCGCGUGCGUCACGCUCGUCUUCCUCGUGGAGAAACUCGGCGGAUUGAUUCAGGCCGGCAAGAGCUUGUCGGGCAUCACGGCGGGACCUCUGCUCGGAAUCUUCACGCUCGGCAUGUUCUUUCCUCUCGCGAAUUCCACAGGAGCUUUGGUCGGCGGUCUGGUCAGCCUGAAUCUCGUCGCCUGGAUAUCGUUGGGUACACAAGCAGCCAUCGCCAGCGGGAAGAUCGUGUUUCCGGUGAAACCGGUCUCGGUCGACGGAUGUCCGGACUCGCUGAAGGAGCACGCCGUCAAUCUUACGCUGGUCGUCGAAACCGCUAUCAAGGAACAACCGUUCUUUCUCUAUCGAAUGUCCUACCUCUGGUACACCUGGGUCGGUUUUCUGACCGCGAUCGUCGUCGGCCUGAUCGUCUCUUGGAUCACCGGAGUGAACGAGCGCAAGCCGGGCGACGAAAAACUCUACACACCCGUGGUACGCCGCUUUCUUCGGGACGCGAGCGUCGUCACCGCGAAACGAGAGGUAAACCUUACUAUCGCGUUCUUACUCCUGAACAGCCUCGUUCUCGUAUACGUAUUCUCGUAUCGUAUCGCGAUUCGCAGGAAAACCUGGAGCUGGAGAGUACGAGCGCGGUUUGACCGAGCUUCGUUACGAACGCGAGUCGGUCGCGGGUCGACGACAAGGAAAAUCAGGAGAGGAGGGAGCGACGCGACAACGCAACGACCAAAUAUCUAUAUAUUUGUAUUUUCGAUUCUUUCGAUUCGCAACCUUUACACGAGGAACAAUUACGAAGUAACGGAAACGGUAUCGACUUAA